ACGGGGAAAAGUCUACCUUACCGUUGGGCUGAAACUGAACUGGAAAACACGUCGACGAUUUCUUUGGUAAAAAAACUGAAUUCAUUGUAUCGGAAGCGAACUAUCUUUCUACCUGCGGGGGACUUUCCUACUUCUUUCCGUCGAGUUCCUUUAGCAAACCCAACCGGCGCUCUAUAUAAUAUGUGCACCACCGAUCCCAAAACCUCCAUCCAUUCGAUCAAUCCCCUUCAUAGUUCGAUUCAAAGUUGUAUAUGCAUUCCUCAAUGUCGUCUGCAGGAACCCGGACUCUCGAGUUCACGAUCCUCUCCGCGGAGGAUCUCCGGAUCGACGGGAGGGCCGUCAAGAAGAACGCGUUCGCCGUCGUGCGAACCGACCCGUCGAAUUCCGGGUCGACCAGGGCGGAUCUCGACGGCGGGAGCUACCCACUCUGGAACGAGAAGGUCGUCGUCGCGAUGUCGAUGCCGAUGACGAAAUCGGUGACGGUGGAGGUCCAAUGCAGGGUCGGGUCGGGGAACAGAGUGGUCGGAGCGGUGGCCGUGCCGGUUUCCGAUUUCAUGGGCGGCCUGACGCCGGAGGAUUACCUCCAUUUUUUGAGCUACCGGUUGCGGGACCCGCGAGGGGUUAGGAAUGGAAUUGUCAAUUUCUCGGUUAGAGUUACCGGCGGCGGCGGAGGUAAUUGUUCCGCGGCGGCGAGGAAGAAUGUGGUGGCUGAGUCAUACGGCGGCUCUUCCACGUACUCUCCUUCAUGGGGCGCGCGGUCUUCGUCGUCGUGGGGGUUUCAGGUGGGAGUGCCGGCGGUGGGUGGAAGCCGGAGCAAUUACGGUGGCGGCGGAGGAGUAGUCACCGGCGUUCCUGUUUGGGGAUCGUCCCGCGGUUGAAUUGGCUGUCAGCUAACUUCCGAUUUGAUUGUGUAUAGUAAAUACGUUUGUAUUGUUUUGAAGGUUGAUCUCUGUAAUCCUCUAAUUAGUUGUUAUUAUAUGCUAUAUCAUCAUAUUACACUAAUUAUACAAAUUAAAACUGAAAAUCCGACACUUUAAGACUAGUUUUUGAGUUGGGUGCACUGAACACACUCAUUUGUGUGAGUGCAGCGAAGUAAUCACCAUAUAUAUGUAUAAUUAUCAUGGCUUUACGAUGGAUUAUAAAAAAUGUAGCUCAACAAAGAAUUUUUUAUGUACAAGUAAAUAUGUAUGUGGAGAUCGAGAUCAAUGUUGAUUUUUACGAGUCACUUCGUGUGAGGUUUUGUAUAUCAAGUGAGCUAACAUUGUGAUUACUAAAGAACACACAAACAAUAAACUAUUGGUGGCUCCCUUAUCGUCUUAUAUAAGAUGCCAAAAUCAGAACUUUAGUAUGGUGACUUUUAGACGCACAAACAAAGUUUGAUAAAACCGUCAAUCCCGUUCUUGAAAAUGGUCGACUCGAUGAUAGACUUUAUCUUGUUCGAUCUGUUAUUCAUCACCUUUAUCAAUGUUGGACAGAGUUUGGUUGACUUGAAAUGUUUCACUAUUGCAACUAGAGAUGUUCAAAUGAUUACCAUGGUAAUUAUGUCGCUUGCUGAUGUAACCGUGAGAAUCUUAGAUGACGAACCAUCACCUGCAGCAGCGGAAGCAUAAUCGAGAGAGUUGCAUUUUUAUUUUUAUUUUUUGAACUUCUUUUGGGGGUGGAAUGAGUUGUUGUGAAAUUCGGAUUCCUCACUUAAGAAAUGACGAACGAGAAAACCGUGGGAAAAUCCCGAUUGACCGACCACACAAGCCCAAGUAUAAAACAAUGGGGAAAAA